CGGAGGAACGACUGCGGCGUGGUCCCCACUUUGCACCUCUAGCUGGUACCGGCAGAUCGCGCUGCUGCCGCCACUGCCCGGCUCGGGCUUGCAGUUCCCGCCGCCGCCCUCCCCCCGCUCCGCCUCACUCGGCCUUCGUCCGGCUGGCGGUGAGCGACGCUGCCAGUGAGCCGGUAGUAUUGGGUGACCAUGGCAGCAGAGGGCCGAGGUCUCGGCGGCGCGGCGGGGCUAACGAUGCCGCUGGCCCGAAGUCUGGAGCGGGCGCUGGCCGAGGCCGCGGGCUCUGGGAUCUUAGGCUUGAGCGGCCGCAAACUAAAGGAGUUCCCGCGGAGCGUAACGGGACAUGACCUGAGCGACACGGUGCAGGCAGAUCUGUCGAAGAACAGACUGAGUGAAAUUCCAGUGGAAGUGUGCCAUUUUAUCUCCUUGGAGAUGUUGAACCUGUAUCAUAACUGCAUCAGAGUCAUUCCAGACACAGUCAUUAAUCUACAGGCAUUAACGAAUUUAAACCUGAGUCGAAAUCAACUCUCUACAUUGCCAUUGUGCAUCUGUGCCCUUCCACUUAAAGUCUUGGUUGUCAGCAACAAUAAGUUGGUGUCGCUUCCAGAAGAUAUUGGACAGUUGAAGUGUUUAAUGGAGCUGGAUGUGAGCUGCAAUGAAAUUACGGUAUUGCCACAACAAAUGGGACAACUUCAGUCUCUCAGGGAGUUGAACGUUAGAAGAAAUUAUCUGCAGAUUUUGCCAGAAGAGCUAGCAGACCUCCCUCUUGUGAAGUUAGACUUUUCAUGUAAUAAGAUUGUGUCAAUACCAAUCUGCUACAGAAACAUGAAGCAUCUACAGAUAAUAGAAAUGGAUAAUAAUCCCCUGCAGUGUCCACCCGCACAGAUCUGCAUAAAGGGUAAAGUGCACGUAUUCAAGUACCUGAACAUAGAAGCACGUAGAACUGAUAAGACUGCAGAAUGCCUUUAUCAACCGCCAAUGGAGAAGGCCUGUGUUCCACAACUUGUUUCUGGGAGCAUUGAAGAUAUAUAUCCUGACAAAAAACACGAUUUUGAUUCUGGGAUUGGAAGUGACAAUGGGGAUAAACACCUCUCUUCAACAGAACCUUUAGAUGAAGAUGCAGCCAGUCUGACCCUUCAAAUGGCACAUAUCUCAGAGGAAGAUCACUUGAAUAAACAGAAGGAAUAUUUGAAUGUUGGAUCAAUGAAAGUGGAAUCUAAUCAGGAGACAAAGGAUUUUCUGCAGCGUAAUUUCGAAGUGGAAGAGAAAGUGGCUGUCCAAGGUGAUGGCUUGAGUUCUGAGUUUAGGACUUACAUGAAGGCAAAGGAGCCUGAGGAACCGCUGAUAAUUGAGGAAGAUUCAAGUUGGACAAUAGGACGAAUACCAAAUACAGAUGACCAUCUGUACAGUGAGCCAGAGGUGGCAGGACAUAUGAGUUCUCCAGAAGGCAUUGUGCAGGAAGAACAGAGUGAUGAGACACCAAGCAUUUACCUUUCAGCGAAGAUCUCCAGUUACCAGAAAGGAAGUUCCAUGGUGGAGCUGGAGUUUCAGAGAAAGCGUGAGAUCAUGCUGGAGAAAGCAAGGCACGAAGCUCAAGUUGCAUCCCAUCGGCUGAAAUGGCAGAAGUCCAAGCAGAAUACUAAUGAGAGUAUGGAGAAGAAUGAGACAGAAAAUGAGGAUGAGAAGAAGACUCCCGCAGUCACACCUACGUUGUCUCCUGAUGCAUCACCCACAGCCCCCUUUGGGCUGAAGCCAAGAUCUGUCCAAGCAAACUCUUCUUUGGACUCCCCUCCUUCCUUCUUCAGAAAACUGUCACAGACCUACAUAGAGGAACUCAACCCCGCCAGUACUCCGCAGGAAGAAGACAGAAAUCAUGCUUUCUUCAGGUCAUUGCGGCAUAUCGACUCCUUGGAUCCUCAAUUUACCAUCCGUAGAAAAAUGGAGCAGAUGAGAGAGGAAAAGGAACAUAUAGAACAGCUCCGGGAGAACAUUGAAUCCAGACUAAAAAUUAAUCUACCUGAAGAAAUUGGAGAAGCCUUGAUGGACGGAGUGGUUCUGUGUCAUUUAGUUAAUCAGAUCCGGCCGCGAUCCGUGCUCAGUAUACAUGUACCAUCACCUGCAGUGCCUAAACUCAGCAUGGCAAAAUGCAGGAGAAAUGUGGAAAACUUCCUCGAAGCUUGCAGGAAAAUCGGAGUACCUGAGGAGAAGCUAUGUUUGCCCCAUCACAUACUGGAAGGAAAAGGGUUGCUAAAACUAAGUAUGACUGUUCAAGCACUGCUGAACUGGGCCAUGACCAGAUCCCCAUUGUUUACGUGAAUCCAGAACCACAGUGUUGCCGGCCUCUGGAAGUCCAGCAAGUGACAUAGCCUCAAGCCCAGGACGAGUACACAGCCUACAAAAGGUGGACAUUUUCCUCAGCUGAUGUGUGGAGCUAUUUCUGUACACUAACAUUUGUUUUAGAAGCAUACUACAUUUGUCACAGUAUUUAGUUAAUAUGUAAACUUAUCAACUACAGAUAGUUACAGCUUUUGCAGAAGUGGGGAAAGCCCAACUCUCUUGUAUCUUUUGAUGUAUUAAAGAGACACUCUUUUGUUUUGCUAAUUUGUUUAAUUAUGACUGUUUAGUUAUACAAUAAUGGCUUUUGGUUGUGAAGAAGUUUAGAACAUAGUCAUAAUUUAUUUAUAUUAUUUAUUCAGAUGUUUUACCCGUCCAUUGAGAUGAUGGUUGUAAAUUUGAAAGGCUUGCAGCUUUUUUUAAAGAUUUAAGCAAUUUUAUUUUAUGAUGGUAGUUUAGUCAUUUUUAGUUAAUAUUUGGUAUCAUCAGUUGAACAACCUUAAAGCUUCCUGAGAAUCUGCUUGUGAUCUUCAUGUGAUAUUAUGUAAUGAGAGAGAAGGGCAGUUAACUCGUUUAAGGCAAUGUCUGACAAUGUUUCAGACUAAUCAAAUAAAUUUUACUUACUGUUGCAAGUAAAGUAACAAGAAAGAGUUUAAAUAGUUUAAACAAGUUUCUGUGGACACUCGAUUAGUUCUCCCUGGUGCUUCAUUCCAGAUCAUACACCCUGGAUCAGAUAGACUGGUUGGCUGACAAGUUUAGAAAUCAAAUCAGUAUGAUUUUGACCACUGCAUGGAUAGAGCAAAUGAAAAGAGGGAUCUUAAUAACACAUUGCUCAGAUGAAUGGUUUAGGAUGACUCAAGCUAUGACCAAAAGCAGGAGCGAGGAGAGGCCCAAAUUAGUGGAAUGUUUUCAAGAACGGUGUAGCUUGUUGCUUUGACAUUUGUGAUUGCCCCCACCUAAUAUGACAGAAUCUUUAAAAAUUUACAUCAAAAAGGCCAUUUUAUUGAUGGUAAAAUUGAUAUUACCAUACUUAAUAUAGGAACAAUGCCAAAAACUCAACCCAGAUUAGCUCUGUGGAAUAACCCUGUGGUUUAUCGUGGAUCUGUGAACUAAACCUCUAGAUUUUACCAUACUUAAUCCAUUAUGACGUGCUGCAACACAGAACAGACAACUCACUGUAGUUUAUUCAGGCUAACAAGUUGCCUUCCUACAGCACCUGGUAGUGCAUUAUCUAAAUAUGCAAACAGUUGUACUGAAUUAUGUGAGCUUCAGGAACUAACUGGAGCCAAACGCAAAUGCUAGUCAUUAGACUUCAUUGCCAAUUUCGGGGACCAGUUAAAAUAUAAAAGUAUUCAGGAAUCAUUGCCCCUACCAAACGAUAUUGACUCACAAGUUGUUGUGUGCCAGUCUGCAGAAAGCAGUCACUUUGUAAGCCAUACAGCCGGCCUUCUCUGAACACACAAACACUGCUUGCAGUUAACAUGAAUGAAGCUGUGUGUCCAUGGCUGCCAACCCUUAGGUUUACUCACACAGAUGAAGGUAGAGCUGACACCAAAAAAAUGCAGGAAUAUACCUGUAACUGCCAUUUAAAAAGAAAAAUAGCCAGUUCCAAACAAAGGAAAAACUACCCUCUCAGUAGUACCUGCUGCCAGAAGUAGUUGUUAAUUGGGAUUGGGAAGGGGCAUUGGGGAUGGGGGAGUUGUCAGAGAACCCAUCUCUCUCCAACACCACCUCCAGCUGUCUGAGGAGUGGGAUCAGAGGCACAAGUCCCCAAAGUUUUGGAAACAACUGUGUAUGAUUCUGCUACUUUCUGAAUGUGGAUCUUUUGCUGCAGUUUGGUAUAAUAAAGAUGCACAGAGAUAUAAAUGCACCAAAUACACAUUGCUUUUCAUAUGUAACAGCUUGCAUGAUGCAAUGCUUGUCAAAUUUGUUUGCUGUCAGCAUUUUGCUGGGAUGGGCAUCAUUUUCACCAUUUUUGUGGUUUCUUCUGUGAUGUGGAAACUUGGUCCAUGGGUGAGGAGAGGGGAAGGAGGGAAAUGAGUGGGCUGACCACAUCAACACAAUGAACAUUAACAGGAGAGAGUUUUGUCUUAAGAUUGAUUUUAGGGUGUAGCAGUGACAGUUCUCCUAAUUAUGAAUGGUAUGGGGAAGAGGGCAGUGUGACCCGUCUGAAGAGUGGGGCAAAGUUCUGGAGGUGGGCUCUGAGGUGGUGUGGCAGGCCAUGUGGUGGAGCAAAGGUGUGAGGGUACCGAAUAUAGUAUUCUCCAUGAUAAAGGUAAUCCAGCACAAGUAAAUUCCAUUUCUGCCUGCCAACCUCAAUCAAAAUCAGCUUGUCAGUGGUGAAUUAUAUUAAUGGAAAUGGUGUUUUAGUAAUUAUUGCCAAUAUUUUUCUUGGUAGAAAUUCCAUUCAUCAUCUUUAUGUGUCAUGUUGUCUUUCAUCUGUCUUUAGUCUCUUCUAUUCUUUUCUCUAUCCAUGACCCUGAUUGUUCUUGGUAAAUUUUCUAUAGAAGUGGUUUGGGCAGUGUCUUUACAAGGUGGUGACCCCAGCCAUUAUUAAUACUCUUCAGAGAUGAUCUGCCUGACAUCAGUGGUCACGUGACCAGAACUUGUGAUAUACACCAACUGCUCCCAUGGUCAUGUGAUCAUGAUUGGGGGCUAGGCAAGUGUGACACCUUGUCCAAUGGUGAGCUGCAGGCUAGCAAAGGGAAGGAAAACCUUGCAUCUCCUUUGGUAGAGAUGUAUCUCCACUCCACCACCCUAGACGUUCAAUUAGUGGGUGAAAUUUGGGGCCGAGAGGGUGAAAACUGAAUGCCUCAAUUAGGACAAACAACUGGCAAGGGUUGGAGGGGUUACACUUCAGUAUUUCAACCACUUCUUCAUGUCAAUUACCUGUGUAGGUUCAAGACAGUAGUUUGUUUUUCACUUUUGGAGAUAUUCCUGAGCACAGAUUGUGGGUUUUGUGAAAUUAGGGUGGGGCCUGAAUUGCUUGUUUGCACCCAAGAAGUGUGAUAUAUAUAAGAAUGUCGGCAGCAGGUAAUAAUUUUACUUACAAGUACUGCAAAGGAGAUUGUUAUCAGAAAAUAAAUGAAUGUUGCACAGUCUCAGGAAAUAUCAACAGCAUUCUUCCUAAGCCAUAAACUCACCAAAUCAUCUCAUCACUAAUCUCAAAUAACUAAUACAGUCUCCUGCAGCACCUGUUUGUGAAGGAGAGGUAGUGUUGACGUUUGAAGAAAAAGAUAGGAUCAAGCAAGAAAAUCUGUUAAUUGUGUUAUCAUUACGAUGGUGUGCAUUCAAAGUGCUGCUUUUCUUUUAAACAAGAUAGUAGACAGCAGGGUACUGCAAUGGCCUAUGCACUUAAAUGGAUUUCUAUUAUUUUGGAUAAUAAGGCACCAAAAGCAAUCUUUGACAAAUGCAGGUUGUUUCGAACCAGAAGUAUAUAACUAGAGGAAGCAUAACUGGUAGAUGAGGAGAACUUCUGAUUUGCAUCUUCAAGGUGAGCUGUGCUGUGCAAAUGCAAUUUAUAUAUAUAUAUAUAUAUAUAUAUAUAUAUAAUGACCUCGUGCUUCUGAAAAAUCUCCAGACUGAAUGUUGAAUGACAUCAGGUUUUCAGUUUGCAGCUGAUGUCAGCUUACAUUGUGUGUGUAAAAAUACGCUCUAACUUUUAAUAUUUUGUAAAAUUGUGGUUUUUAGACAGUGCUUGAUUUCUGGGAAACCCAGUUACACUUAUAUGGCCAAAAGAUCUUCUGUUGUCUGUAUAUAGAUUGGGAAAUGUAUUUUGCAUGUGUGGCUUUUGAUGUUAUCUAAAGCCAUUGUAUAUAGUGUAUAUUUUGUAAAAUUCACUUCUACUGUAACAUCAGUAAUAAAGUUAUG